AUGCCCUGGACUGUCCUGCUCUUUGCAGCUGGCUCCUUGGCAAUCCCAGCACCGUCCAUCUGGCUGGUCCCCCCACACCCGAGCAGUCAAGAGGAUCCCAUCCACAUCUCAUGCAUGGCCCCAGGGGGCUUCGUGGGGGCGAAUUUCACGCUGUACCGAGGUGGGCAUGUGGUCCAGUUCCUGCAGGCCCCUGCAGACCAGCUCGGGGUCACUUUCAACCUGAGCGGCGGCAGCAGUGAGGCUCCAGGGGGACCAUUUCACUGCCAGUACGGCGUGAUGGGCGAACACAGCCAGCCCCAGUUGUCGGACCUCAGCGAGCCUGUGCAGAUCUCCUUCCCAGUGCCCACUUGGAUCUUGACACUGUCCCUUAGCCUCGUUGGAACCCUCCUCCUCCUCACUGGGCUGGUGGCUGUCACCCUGGUGGUCAGAAAAGUUAAAGUAAAAAAAUUACAGAAGAAAAGAGAGCAAGAAUCCUGCUGGGCCCAGAUUAACUUCGCCACCACAGACAUGUCCUUUGAUAACACCCUGUUUGCCAUCUCCACGAAAAUGACUUUAGAAGAAGACUCGGCCACCCCUGAUGCUUGUCCCAGCAACUCUGGGCCCCGGAAGAGGCCCACCUCCACGUCCUCUUCGCCUGAGCCCCCCGAGUUCAGCACUUUCCGGGCCUGCCAGUGA